UGAAAAUUCAAGUAAAAUAUUUGCUCUGCUGCCCCCAAUAUAAUCGAUUAAUCCCCAAAAUGAAACAAAGGAAAGAAAAUCUGAAACAUGACAAAGCUCAUUGCAAAAUAUUUACAAGAAACAAGCUAUAUGUUUACCGUGUGCACUGAGCAACAGGCGGGGAACGGAGUCUGACGGGAGCGGGGAGGCGGAGUCGUGGCUGGAGCGGGGCGGCGGAGUCGUGGCGAAGCGGCGGAGUCUGGCGAGAAGUGGAGCAGGCAGCACCGGGAACUUGCAGCGGCAGUUGAAGGGCGACAGUGGAUGGCGUCGCCGACGGGCGACAAUGUAGAGAAGAGAGGGUAGGGCUGGGGCGUACAGGCACAGCGGCGGGUGGGCUAGUAGGGUAGGGAAAGGGAAUAGGUUCAAAAUCAAAUUAUCAAAUUAGGGCUUCAAUACUUUUAAUUUUUAAAUAAAUAUUAUAAUUAAAUAUAUAUAUAUAUAUAUAUUAAAUUAUUAAGUAAAUAUAUAUCGGUUAUUCGAUUAACCCGAUCGGUUUUUCGGGUUAACCGAUAACCGAAAUUUUCAAAAAAAACGAUAACUGAAACCGAUCCAUUACUCGAAAAUUUCAGUUAUUGGAUACCCAAACUCGGAAAUUUCAGUUCGAUUAAUUGGAUACCCAAAAUCCGAUAACCAAUUACUCCCUCCGUCCCACUUUAUCUGAGACUCUUUCUAUUUUGGACGUCCCACUGUAAGUGAGACUCUUUCCUUUUUGGGUAAAAGCUUUUCCCUUUAAACACAUUUUCACUUUUUCACCUACACACAAAAUAUAUCUUUCUUAAUUUUCAUGCCCCAAAAAAAUGUCUCACUUAGAGUGGGAGUGGGAGGGAGGGAGUAGGGAUAGCUCUCAUUGUUGAUAAAGAUAGGAGGGCCAUCCGGGUGUGGUGUGGUCACAUUGUUUGGAAUGCAUGUGUAUAUAUACCCCAUACCCAAGAAAGAAACAUGUGAGACCACUGACCACAAACUGAGCAUCACACAGAAAAGCAAUGGCGGAGCAGCACAUCCUACUAGUCACCUUCCCCGGUCAGGGCCACAUCAACCCAUCUCUCCAGUUCGCUAAAAGCCUCACUAAACACGGCGUUAAGGUCACCAUCCUCACCAGCAGCUCCGCCACCGCCCGCAUGUCCCACACUCUCUCUCCAUCCUUCCAACCCCUAAUCGACGUCGUUUCCUUCUCCACCACCACCGACUGGUCCACAGGAGACGUCUCCAAACUCAUGCAAGAGCUCUCCGACCACGGCACCAAGGCCGUGGAAGACGCCGUCGCCGCCAAGCGCGCCCAGGGCACCCCUUACUCGCGGAUCGUUUACAAUCUCCUCGUGCCCUGGGCCGGCCGCGCGGCUCGCCGCCUCGCUGUCCCCGUCACGCUGCUCUGGAUCCAACCAGCCGUUCUCUUCGGCAUCUAUUUUCAUUAUCAUAAUAGGAAUUUCGAUCCUUGUUCCGAUGAGGUGAUCGAGCUACCGGGGCUGCCGCGCCUCCGCCGCCGCGAUCUGCCGUCUUUCUUUCUGGAGACGAAUCCGAGCGUGUAUAAUUUCGUGAUUCCGAUGCUGACUGAGAAUUUUGAGAUACUGGACCAAGAGGAUCACCCGGCGGUGGUGUUGAACACGUUCGACGAGUUGGAGGCGGAUGCUUUGAGAUGUUUGAACAAGUAUAGAUUGCUGGCGAUCGGGCCACUGAUUCCUUCUGCGUUUUUGGACGGCAGGGAUCCAUCCGACACUAGUUUUGGAGGUGAUUUGAUUCAAAAAUCGGAAGAUUACAUGCAGUAUUUGGAGUGUGCAGAGACGGGAUCGGUAAUCUACGUGGCUUUCGGGAGCUUUUCUGAGCUGCCGAGGUUGCAGGUGGAGGCCAUCGCGGAGGCGCUGAUGAGAAGCGGCCGCCCCUUCCUGUGGGUGAUCCGAGGCUCCGACCGAACUCUGAGCUGCAGAGAGGAUCUUGAGAAGAAAGGGAAAAUCGUGGCGUGGUGCACUCAGGUUGAGGUUCUCUCCCACCCAAGCGUGGGGUGUUUCGUGACGCACUGUGGAUGGAACUCGACUCUCGAGAGCCUGGCGUGUGGGGUGCCGGUGGUGGCGCUGCCGCAGUGGACCGAUCAGUGCACCAACGCCAAGCUGGUGGAGGAUGUAUGGAGAAGUGGAGUCAGAGCAGUGAAGGCGGGAAACGGAGAGAUUGUGGAGGCGGAUGAAAUCCAGAGGUGCUUGGAGAUGGUGAUGGACGGCGGAGAUGCGAGCGUGGAGAUAAGGAAGCAGGCCAAGAAUUGGAGGGAUUUGGCGAGGGAAGCCAUGGCCGAGGGUGGAACGUCUCAACUCAAUCUCAAGAUAUUCGUCGACCAAAUUGUCGGCGCCCCUCAAUGAUUUAGUAUGU